AAGAAACCGAUCUGCUUGAUCGGAGUAUUAAGAAGAUCAAAGAAUCUGAAACAAAUGCUUCUACAAAGAGCUCAUGAAGGGGAGACACUCCUCUGAAUGGACAAUGAGGAUCUGAACAGAGUUAUCAUGGGGGGUCCAUGGUUCAUUGGCCCUUACUACCUUACCAUGAGGAGGUGGGAACCUAACUUUGAUCUGGAAGAGGCUAUUCGCACUACUACCACCACAACAGUUUGGGCUAGACUUCCUAAUCUUUCAGUUGACUACUACGAUCCUACUACACUCCAGAAGAUUGGGAAUAAGGUAGGCCCUCUACUCAAGGUUGAUGCUCAUACUACACACCACACUAGGGGCCAGUAUGCAAGGGUGUGUGUCCAAAUUGAUCUUGCACAACCUAUUGCCAAAUAUGUUAAAAUUGGAAAGAAAAAACAGAGGGUCAUCUAUGAAGGUGUCAGUGCUUUGUGUUUUCAUUAUGGACGCAUAGGCCAUAGAAAUAAUCAAUGCUCACAACUCAAUGCUACCUCUGAGAUGGUUAAAGAAGCUGCCAAUCCUAUGCCUUUGUCAACCCAUGCCUCAAGCUCUACAUCCCCCAGUUGGAGAGGCGCAGAUCCAAAAGGAGACCUCUUCCAAACUUGUCAAUGGUGGAGAAGAUACCGUCAAAUCCCAAAGCAAAGGAUGGUCGUGACUCCAAUGGUUCAACUCGCCAAAGCCCCACUAGUGGAUUUUUCCAAACCAGAACCCAAAACCCAACAAUGGGUCAACAAAACCUCUAGUAAGGCACAAGGCCCACCCAAGAGCAUCACCAUACAAGAGCCCAAAUCCAAGUCAAAGAACUCUCUUACCCAAGCCCUACCCACUCAUCAGAGUAUUGUCUCCAAACCUAAUCCUAGUUCUGUAACUCAAAAGCUUUCUAUCCCUCAUCAAGACCCCACUAUUAGCUCUCCUAUUUCAGUUCAGCCUAAUCAUAUUACCCCUAUUCACUCUACCUCCACCAGCACCUCUGGAAUUGAUCCCCAAACCCCACUAUCGCAAAACUCUACCCAACCUUUGCUUAACCAUGGAUCUAUCUCAGAUUCUGCAACCAGAUCCGAAAACCCAAAUGUUUUUAGUAAAGGAACGAUUGACCAUUCGGAUGGAGAUAGCCAUGGAGUGGAUACUGGAUUGCUCAUCCCCCAAGGGAUCCAAAUGGUCACUGAAUCAAUUGUUCACAGCGUGGAGAGCCCCCAUUCUCACGGACAUGAAGAUGAACCUCCUAGAGAUGGCUCACUUGAUCCCCCCAGCCGAGGAAAAUUUAGAUUUAAAAGAGUCAUGUCAGAUUGGGAAUUUCGAAUCGACAAAAGACACCACUAUACACGGCGUGGAGUCGAGCCUUAUCAAGCCCCUGCUAUUGACAAGUUUGGCUUACCUAAACCACUUGAAGUUUGUCCAAAUAGAGGGGAAAAUGGAACGCAUCCACCUGAUAUUGAAAGUCCUAUGAAUUGCCGUGGGGCACCUAAAGUUGGAUUUCGUAAAUGUGUCAUGGAUCUUAAAAGGAUUCACAAUCCAACCAAGCUCCUUAUCUUGGAAACAAAAAUUUCUAGUCCUAAUGCUCAGGAUGUAGCGGAUUCUCUUGGCUUCCCUAAAUCUUACAUUGUCAACUCAGAUGGUCUUGCUAAAGGCUUAUGGCUGUUAUGGGACGACUCUAGGAUUUCGGUUGAUAUUCUGUCAACCAAUAACCAAGCAAUACAUGCAGUUAUCCAGUUCCCUCUCGAUGUUAUCAAGCUUAUCAUGUCUGCUAUUAGUUCUACAUCAAUCUCCAUUCUCAUUAAUGGAGACAAAGCAGAAGAGUUUUGCCCUUCUCAGGGUAUUCGUCAAGGAGACUCGCUCUCACCUUACAUCUUUAUCCUCUGUAUGGAGUAUCUUUCCAUAAGAAUCUCUGCAGACAUGGAUGCUGGACUAUCGAAAGGCAGUAAAGUUGGGAGAAGGGGUCCUUUUGUUUCUCAUAUCUUCUUUGUUGAUGACAUCAUUUUCAUUGGACGGACUACUUUUGCUAAGUCAAUCUUGGCAUCUAUCCCAAAUUAUUAUAUGCAAUCUUCUAUGCUACCAGCCUUUACCCUAAAGGAAUUUGAUCAGAUUUCUCAUAACUUUAUUUGGGGUUCAGAGGUUGAGCAAAAGAAGAUCCAUCUAGUUAAUUGGAACAUCGUUUCUAGCCCAAAGCAUUUGGGUGGUCUUGGCCUAAAAAGUGCUAAAGAGGUUAAUCUUGUUGCCAUGUGCAAACUUAAUUCGAGACUUCACCAGGAGAAAGAUAAAGUCUGGAGUGGCAUAUUUACAAGUAAAUAUAACAUUCAGGACUGUCACACUAGACCAGUUGAUACUGGAUCUCCUAUCUGGAAAGCUAUAAUUAAGGGCUAUGAUUUCUUUAGUUCAGGUGACCAUGCCUUUGAGCUUAUCUCUUACUAUCUCCCUGAUGAUAUCUCCAAUAGACUCAAAGCUAUCCCCCUCCCUAUCUUUAAUGAUAGAGAGGACUCUUUUGCUUGGAAGGGAACUUCCAGAGGCACCUUCACCGCUACUUCUACUUACUACCUUCUUAAAAAUCCUUUUACUUUUGCUGAAAAAGAGUGGGAUUGGAUAUGGAAGCUACCAACCAUCCCAAAAAUUCAACAUUUCUUUUGUCUGUUGGCUCACCAGAGACUAAAAUGUUUCAGUUUCUUACAUCAUUUAAGUAUUGCAUCUACUGCUAUGUGUCCUCGCUGCCAGGAUGAAGAGGAAACAGUGGAGCAUCUUAUCCGACUUUGCCCUUCCUCAACCCUCAAGACGAAUGUGUUGAACAUCCCUUGGAACACUCUGUUUUGCUUUGCUAUUUGGGGAGUCUGGCUCCAACAUAAUCAAACUGUUCAUUCCCCCCAACCGUUCCAGCUCAAUAACCUCCAAAGUAGUAUUAUUGAAAGAGCUGCGGAAUUUUGGGCCUCUGCUAUUCCAAAAGCUACCUGUAUAUACCAUGAGGAGAAUUUUAAAUGGGCGAAACCUCCCCCAAAUGUCAUCAAACUGAACAUGGAUGGGUCAGCCAAAGGGAAUCCAGGCAUUUUAGCUACCGGGGGCAUCUUUCAUGAUCACCAUGGCAACUGGAAGUUUGGAUAUGCUAGGAAAAUUGACUGGUCUAACAGCCUUGCAGCAGAACUUUGGGCUAUUAGAGACGGAUUACAAUUGGCCAUUACGCAUAACUUUUUUCAUAUUAUUGUGGAAUCUGACUCUCUUGUUGCUAUCCAGCUCCUUCAAGAGCCCCCACCUACAUCUCAUAAUCUGAGUGCCAUAAUUUUUGACUGCAGGGAGUUGCUUCGACAAAUCUCCCUUGCUGAACUCAAACACAUCGUCCGUGAACCUAAUAUGGCUGCUGACCAGAUGGCGGAACUCGGACAUGGCAUUGAUCAUGAUUUUGUCACUUUUGAAAGCAUUCCGCUAUCUGUCAAACAGUAUUGUAUUGCUAAUAUUAUGGGAAUUGAAUUUCCCCUGUUAGGUGGUUUAGGUCCUGCUGGCCGCUGGUAGUACUGAAGAUAAUUGUCAACCCACCUACGGGCAGGGCCAUAAUGUUCUUCUAUAAGUUGGAAGCCUUCAUCUGCAACCAGGCGAAGGUGGUGUUGUUGAUUGUAUGCCAUAGUGUUUGUGGUUUCUGAAGCGUAAACAAGAAUGUAUGUCUUGUUUUACUGUCACAUUAGAGGCAAAAGGCCCCCACUAUAUAUAGACAGGUAGAGUUAUGAAUACUGCAGUAAUUUUAUUUU